UUUACAUCAAUGAACAAAUGAAAUACGGCAACGUCACGCACAUACAAAAGUGGUGGACUGAAAGAAAAGUGAUUGUUCAUUCGGCAUUUCAAAAAAUUGUAAUUUCACGAAUUGUAACUAGAGUUUUUUGUAAUAAUGGCAGACAAUAAGAGCCCCGAUGAUCUCUCCACCGCAAUCCUCCGUCGCAAGGAUAGGCCAAACAGACUCAUCGUAGAGGAGGCCGUCAGCGAUGAUAACUCCGUCGUCGCAUUAUCACAGGCCAAAAUGGAGCAGCUGCAGCUAUUCAGAGGUGACACAGUACUUCUGAAGGGAAAGCGUCGCAAGGAGACCGUGUGCAUUGUCUUAUCAGACGACAACUGCCCUGACGAGAAGAUACGCAUGAAUCGGGUCGUGAGAAACAACUUGCGCGUGCGCUUGUCGGAUGUGGUGUCAAUAGCACCUUGUCCAUCGGUAAAAUAUGGAAAACGUGUCCAUAUAUUGCCGAUUGAUGAUUCCGUUGAGGGUUUGACUGGGAACCUCUUUGAAGUCUACUUGAAGCCCUAUUUUAUGGAAGCCUACCGGCCCAUUCAUCGUGACGACACCUUCAUGGUGCGCGGAGGCAUGCGCGCUGUCGAGUUCAAAGUUGUAGAAACUGAUCCAUCUCCGUACUGCAUCGUAGCACCAGACACGGUCAUACACUGUGAAGGCGAGCCUAUCAAGAGAGAGGAAGAAGAGGAAGCCCUAAACGCAGUCGGGUACGACGACAUCGGUGGUUGUCGCAAGCAGCUCGCUCAGAUCAAGGAGAUGGUAGAGUUGCCUCUGAGACAUCCGUCGUUGUUCAAGGCGAUCGGAGUGAAGCCCCCGCGCGGUAUACUCAUGUACGGCCCGCCCGGUACUGGCAAGACUCUUAUAGCUCGGGCGGUUGCUAAUGAGACUGGUGCUUUCUUCUUCUUGAUCAACGGACCGGAGAUCAUGUCCAAACUCGCUGGCGAGUCCGAAUCAAACCUGCGUAAGGCUUUCGAGGAGGCGGACAAGAAUUCUCCGGCUAUUAUAUUCAUUGAUGAGCUUGAUGCCAUCGCUCCAAAGAGAGAGAAAACCCAUGGUGAAGUGGAGCGUCGUAUUGUGUCGCAGUUGUUGACUCUUAUGGACGGUAUGAAGAAGUCUUCGCACGUGAUCGUGAUGGCGGCCACCAAUCGGCCUAACUCCAUCGACCCUGCGCUCCGUCGUUUCGGCAGAUUCGACCGGGAGAUAGACAUCGGCAUUCCGGACGCCACCGGCCGUCUGGAGAUACUUCGUAUACACACCAAGAAUAUGAAGUUGGGUGAUGACGUUGAUCUUGAACAGAUAGCAGCGGAAUCUCACGGCCAUGUGGGUGCUGAUCUAGCGUCGCUAUGUUCGGAAGCCGCCCUGCAGCAGAUCAGAGAGAAGAUGGACCUCAUCGACUUGGAGGAUGAUCAGAUCGACGCCGAGGUGCUCAACUCGCUCGCUGUAUCCAUGGAUAACUUUAGGUACGCCAUGACCAAAUCAUCGCCGUCGGCUCUCCGCGAGACGGUGGUGGAAGUGCCGAACGUGACGUGGACCGAUAUCGGAGGACUGCAAAAUGUUAAGAGAGAAUUGCAGGAGCUAGUGCAGUACCCUGUGGAACGCCCCGACAAGUUCCUCAAGUUCGGUAUGCAACCGUCGCGCGGCGUACUCUUCUAUGGACCGCCUGGAUGCGGUAAAACACUGUUGGCAAAGGCUAUCGCCAACGAGUGUCAGGCCAAUUUCAUCUCUGUAAAGGGACCGGAGCUACUCACCAUGUGGUUUGGUGAAUCUGAAGCCAACGUGAGGGAUAUCUUCGACAAGGCGAGAUCGGCGUCUCCAUGCGUUUUGUUUUUCGACGAGCUGGAUUCCAUAGCGAAGUCUCGUGGUGGGUCAGUAUCGGACGCGGGCGGCGCCGCUGAUAGAGUCAUCAAUCAGAUCCUCACAGAGAUGGACGGCAUGGGAGCUAAGAAGAAUGUCUUUAUUAUUGGCGCUACGAAUCGUCCGGACAUAAUCGAUCCAGCUAUCCUCCGACCUGGUCGUCUGGAUCAGCUGAUUUACAUCCCGCUGCCCGAUGAGAAGUCUCGCGAGGCUAUAUUGCGCGCUAACCUUCGGAAAUCACCGAUCGCCAAAGACGUCGACCUAUCUUACAUCGCCAAGCCGACCCAACGAACUUCAAAUAUUAAUAGAGGUAUUGUUUACAAGGUGACACAAGGGUUCAGUGGCGCUGACUUGACGGAGAUAUGUCAGCGCGCGUGCAAACUCGCCAUCAGACAGGCUAUCGAGGCGGAGAUACAGCGGGAACGUACCAGGCAGAAUCAGCCCGCCGCCGCCGUCAUGGAUAUGGACGAAGAGGACCCAGUGCCCGAGAUAAGUCGCGCUCACUUCGAGGAGGCGAUGAAAUUCGCGCGUCGUUCAGUCUCAGACAACGAUAUACGCAAAUACGAAAUGUUCGCGCAGACUCUGCAGCAGAGCCGCGGCUUCGGCACUAACUUCAGGUUCCCGUCGAGCGGUGGCGCGGCGGGAGGUACUGGCACGUCGGGCGGAGAUCAGCCCACGUUCCAGGAGGAGGGCGGGGACGAUGACCUCUACAGCUAAACACCUACCAUACACAUAUCGCAUUGCCCGAUACAAACACACUGCCCGCACUCAACUAACUAAAUAUUACUAUUUAAACAACAUUAUCGUUUUCCACAAAUGGAAAAUUAAACGUUUCCUUUACAAAAUUUCUAUUAUGAAAUAAAUAUAUUGAGUAUAUUUUUUCUUUGUAACCUAUAAUAAUAGUAGUUUGAAAUUCAAUCCAAAUUAUUAUCGUUCAAAAAUUUUAGUUGCGGAUGCGGCAGUGGUUUUAUGUUUGUGGUGAUACAGCGAGACGCGUGCGAUGAAUCAGGUGUUCAGUUCUAGGACUGAUAUUAGUUAAGAAAUCUAAUUGGUUAGAUUCAAGGGGGUAUAGAGACGGGGCGUCUGUAUCGAUGCGAUCCUCAAGGUUCGCGUCGCCAUCUCGUAUAUAUAUUUGUGAGCGUGCAAGUUUAACUGCGCGCCGGUUUACAUAAUGAUGAAACUUUCACCGAUUUGUAAAUGUAUUUUAAUUUUCUAAUUCAAUCGAUGAUAGCAUUUGUUUUUGUUCCGAUUCGCUUAUAUAUUUAGUUGUAAUCAGAAUAAUGUUUGUGGAUGUAUCCGUGCUCUUGUUCACAAAGUUUUCUUGCAAUCUAAUUUAUGUAAAAGUGGUUAGAUACCUCGAGAGCUAAAGUUGAGGAAAAUACUUGUGAACAAGAGAGGCGUAUGGUUUAGAGUAAAUGUUAACUGUAUUGGCAGAUCUUGUACGCAAGCCACCCUCGGCACUGUUGCGUUAGCAUCCGUGCCGUCAUUACACAAUAUUGCAGUGAUUUUAUAAUAAAAAAAUUAUAGACUU